AUGGGACGGGCACUGGUGAUCUUUCUUGCAUCAAUCGCCCUUUUUGCGUCGUCGAGUCGCUGCUCGGGUCUGGCUCCCACGGAGCUGGAACGGCUCCUUGACCAGGAUUGGUCUGUCAUCGAGAGGCUCACCGCCGCUCCCGCGGCUUCUACUUCGACCCAGAAUCGCGUGGCCGUCAACCAUCCUGACUCAGAUAAGCUUGUUCGAAACAUCCUCGAAUCCCCCGACGCCAGGCCGCAAGAACCUAAGUUGCGCGCAAUCCUUCCCCGGCCUUCAACAACGGAGCAUCGCUCAGAAGCCGCGGCCCAUGUGGUCGCGAGCGCAGGCCGCGCUGGAGGCCCCGCACUAGUCCGCUUCGCUGCCAUCGACCGCUCCGCCGAGCUCGCAAGCAUGCACGCUGCGCUCUACCGCUGGAACCCGAGCAUCUACAUGCAACGCAAAGUCAUGCCCCUGCUCGUGCUCGAUCUCCCUUCCGACGACUACAAGGCGUUCUACUAG